AUGUAUUUGACAACGCUUAUUAUUGUCAGCCUCGCUCCUGCUCAUGCCGAUGUCGUCUAUCCUGUUCUGAUAGAAAGCAGAAGCCGAAGUUCACAUGGCGCCGUCCAAGUGACUAAGGAUUACAUUGUUAACUUAGAGGAAUCCAGCGUCUUAGGAGAGAAUUUGUUUUUCACCGAUGCUCUGAAUGGGAAGGUAACCCACGAGUUGAUGGAUACCACUUCCCUACGCAACAGCGUUUAUGAAAGCUCAGAACACGCAGCUUCUUUUACAAUUACUAAAUCACCCACGGGGGUAGAAAUGGAAGGUUACCUCAAUUUUACACACGGAAUUAAGCCACUUAGGAUAAAUGACAGAUCUGGACGAAUUCCUCACAAAAUAUUUCCUCUUCCCAAGCUUGAGGAAGAGAUUGAUAUUGUUCUGCCUGUAGAUGACUAUCUGAAUGAAAGUCCAGAGCCACGUGCUGAUGCAGAGCUUCCAGAUGUCUGGCGACCUGAAAUGUACAUCAUGAUUGACAGCUCAAUAAACGAGUACCUGAGAGGUAUCAAGAGGCUACAAGUGCUCUACAUUGUAAGGCUUAUGAAUAUCGUUAAUGCAAUCUUCAAGACGGUCAAGAAACCCUUAAUAAACCUCCAACUUGUUGGAAUAUAUCGGUUCCAAACAAAACAGGAUGAGCCAUUUAUUGUGGAGGAAGGUGGAUUCAUCGAGGGGCAUGAAACGUUGAAUGGCUUUGGUAAUUUCACAAAACAUACAUCGUUUGCAAGACAUGCAGAUUUCUACUUUUUGCUCGCUGGGCGUCGCUUAGGAAAACGGAACAAACAAGGGAAAAUAUCUCCCAAUCUUCUAGGUAAGGCAAAUUAA